AUGGGGCCACCCUCCCGGCUCGGCAACAUCCCUUCACUAGGACAAGGGGAAGAGCGCUCAUCUCUAACCUCAUGCCUGGAGACUGUGGGAAGAGGAACGGACCCGGGGAUGGGGUUGGUGGGGCUGGGACUCACCCUCUGCUCCGAGGCCCCGCAGACAGGGGACAAGGAGAAGCCGGCCACUAACCGAACCCGUAGGGACGCGGAGCGGAUCGAUCGGCCCAGAGAGGGUGAGCCUGCGGCCGCCGCGCUGACCCUGGCCAGGGAGAGGUCCCCGCCCCCUGCCCGUCACCUCCAGCUCGCAGCUCCGGGCGCCCGCCGCGUGGCGGCUCGUGACCGAGAUUCCCCUGUUUCCCAAGGGGGUAAGCACCAGGUAAUGGCAGAUGAGCUCUUUUCACCCAGGUCUCAGGGCCGAACACUGGGAUUAUCAUUAGGCUGCUGCAGGAAUAUAUUUCAGGCAUCUAUGAUGUUUGAAGAUGUGGCUGUGUACCUCACCCGAGAAGAGUGGAGCCAUCUGGGUCCUGCUCAGAGAAACCUCUACAGGGAUGUGAUGCUGGAGAAUUAUGGGAAUGUGGUCUCUCUGGGAUUUCCAGUAUCCAAACCAAAUGUGAUUGCCCAGCUAGAACGAGGGGAAGAGCCAUGGAUCCUAGACAUUCAGGAAGCUGAAGGGAAAGAGAUGCUGAGAGGUGAUUGUUCAGAUUGUGAAUCGAGGACUGGGAAAAAUGAGCAAUUUCCAAAGCAGGAAAUUUCUGAGGAGGUGGAACCACAAUGGACAAUAUUGGAAACACUCACAGGGAAUAUUCCUCAAGGAUCCAAAUGGGGAGAAGUCUGUGAAUAUGAAGGAGGACCAAAGGAAAAUUGGGAAUCCUCUGUAGGGAAGCUUCUUUCUCAUGAGGGAUGUUUUAGGACAGUUCCAGUGAUCCACCAGAUAUCAACAACAGGAAUGAGAAGCCAAGAAUGUAAUGAAUUUGGAAGAAACUUCAGACUGACUUCUAACCCUGUUCGAUUUCAGAGAGAUCCUUCAGGAGAGAGAAUACAGCAGUGGGAUGAAAUGGACCAAAGAUUCAAACGAAAUUCAAAUUUAAUUAAAUAUCAGAAAGACUAUACAAAAGAGAAACCUUGUGAUAAUUCUAUAUAUUGGAAACAAUUUGGACAGAGCUCAAAUCUUAUUGAACAUCAAAAAAAUCACACUAGAGAGGAAAGUUAUGAGUGUAAUGAAUAUGGAAAACAUUUUAUCAGAAGGUCCCUGCUUAUACAAAAUCAGGGAAUUCAUACAGGAGCAAAAACAUAUGAGUGUAGUGAAUGUGGAAAUACUUACAGUAAGAAGUCUCUUCUUAAUGAUCAUCAGAAGAUUCACAAUGCAGGGAAACAUUACCAGUGUAAUGUAUGUGGAAAAGCCUACAAUAAGAAGUCAACAUUUGUUGAUCAUCAAAAAAUUCACACUGGAGAAAAACCCUAUGAGUGUAGUGAAUGUCAUAAAUGCUUUAUCAGAAAGUCUUUGCUUAUUCGACAUCAGAGAAUUCACACAGGAGAGAAACCAUAUGAAUGUACUGAAUGUGGGAAAGCCUGCAGUCAAAAGUCUGCCCUUCUUGACCAUCAAAGACUUCACACAGGUGAGAAACCUUAUGAGUGCAGUGAAUGUGGCAAGCACUAUAUUAGAAAGGCUUUGCUUAUUGAACACCAGAGAAUUCACACAGGAGAAAAACCCUAUAAGUGUAACGAAUGUGGGAAAGCCUAUAGAAAGAAGUCUACUCUUGUAGAUCAUCAGAGACUUCAUACUGGAGAGCGAUCCUAUGAAUGUAAUGAAUGUGGAAAAAUCUUCACCCAAAGUCUAAAUUUCAUUCAACAUCAGAGAAUUCACACAGGAGAGAAACCCUAUCAAUGUAGUGAUUGUGGGAAACCAUUCAGUCAUAGAUCUGCCCUUAUUCAACACCAGAGAAUUCAUACUGGAGAGAAACCCUAUGAGUGUAAUGAAUGUGGUAAAGCCUACUGGAGAAAGUCUACCCUUAUUGAUCAUCAAAGGCUUCACACUGGAGAGAUACCUUAUAAAUGUAGUACAUGUGGGAAGGCUUUCAGGCAUAGACCAUCUUUUAUUGAACAUCAGAAAUUACAUAAUGGAGGCAAACAUCAUGAGUCUUUCAGUCAGAAGUCUACACUUAUUGAUCACCAGAGACGUCAUAGUGGGGAGAAACCCUAUGAAUGUAGUGAAUGUGGCAAAUGCUUUAUCAGAAGAGCUUUCCUUAUUCAGCACCAGAGAGUUCACACAGGAGAGAAACCCUAUGAGUGUAAGGAAUGUGGAAAAGCCUAUAGAAAGAAGUCUACCCUUACUAGUCAUCAGAAAAUUCACACUGAAAAGAAACAAGAAUUAAUUAAUAUUGAAAAGCCAUCAGUCUUGAAGCCUACUCUUAUUGAUCACCAAUGA